CUCUAUAGGAUCAGGACCAUAUUAGAAAGGCUCGUGUUAAAAAUUAAACGUUAUCAGUGCAAAAUUGCAAUGAAGUUUUGCAGAUGUGCUUUGCUUGUUCUGUAAUCCAGCCUGAAAGUACGUCAGACCUAAUACUAAUAAUAGUAAUACUUAGAGCUUCACCAAGGGUAAUAUAUACUCUGGCAGACUCAAUGAGUCAAACUAUGCAGCUGGAAAGUUGAUAGCUGUCUGGAUGAAGCACCACCAGCCUGCUUUGCUAUGUAAGUCGAGUGUAAUGUUUUAUUUCGAACACCAGAUGGCGACUCAGGAGCACAACCUUUUGUGUGUGUGUGUCUGUGUGUGUGUUGAAGCGUCAGUGUGUUAGCAGGUGACAAAUGACGUAAGUGCGGCACCGCCCACAGCCAACCCCAGAUCGAAAAAAACUGAAGUUGUGAAUGUCAGUCAGUGUGGCCGUUCACACUGAUCUGGAAGGUCCGCUGGUGUCUGCAGAGAAAAUGAUAACUUCCAAAACAUUUAGUUUGUUUCUUCAAUACUAGAGGAGAAAAAGUCUUUCAUCCUUUGGUGAUGUAUCAUCGUGUUUUCGUGGUUGCCAGUCUGCUGUCCUCUUAUAUGGGUGGAACCCCUGCUCAUAGUCAGCCAGUGCAGGUUCUUGCCUUUGCUGGUGGAGAUGUUAUUCUACCGUGCAGAUUCAAUAUCUCUGACAAGGAAGACUUUCCGACUGUUGAGUGGUCCAAGGAAGGCUUGAAGCCAGAUGUUGUCUUCUUGUACCGGGAUGGUUGUGAGGCCUACGAGAUGAAGAAUCCAGCCUUCGAGUACAGGACGAGCCUCAUCAUGAAAGCGCUCAAAGAUGGAAACAUCUCAUUACGGAUCUCCAAUGUGCAGGUUUCUGAUACUGGAAAGUACCAAUGCCUCACAUUCCAGAAAAAUGUCGCCAGGAAGGUUACAACAGUGGCGCUGGAUGUGGUGGCUGUUUCUGAGCCAAAGCUUUCAGUGAUUUCAGCGGAGGGCAGUGACAUAGCACUGCAUUGUGAAGCAAACUGCUGGCUGCCAGAGCCUGAGGUAACAUUUCUGGAUGACAAUGGAAACAACAUCUAUGGGGAAAACCCCAAAGGAGAACAAGAUCCCCGUGGAUGUUUCACUGUGACACGAAGAGCUACUCUGCAAAGAGCCACCAGCAGUGUCACCUGCAGAGUUCAUCAACCACAGUUUAACCAGACCAGGGAAACAACGAUCCUCAUAACAGGUGUCUGCAUGAAGUCUGAUGUUCAAACUAUUGCCAUCGCCAUCGGAGGAACAGCUGUGUGUUUCUUAGUUGCAGGUGGCUUCAUUGCCCUUUUAUGCAACAAAUGCUUCAGAUUUGCUAUUGUAAAGCAGCCAGUCAACAGAAAGCCAUUGAAUCAAAGAUUUGUCCAACCAACGAGAGUUAACAGCACAGACAAUUUGGUAAAUGGCAGCACUGGGCAGAUGAAAAGAGAGUUGGAGUUUUUUAUGGAAGAUGAGACCCGAAAACUACAGGACAACAAAGUUAUUCUCUACAACAGUGGAACAACUGUCCAGUGCCAUUCCACAACCACAGCAGACAUUUCAAAACCCUCCAAACUACUCUUAACUCAUGGCCCUGACAACAAAAACUUGACCAGUGUGCACAAUCCAAACUCAUCUUCAGCUUCAACCAGCGUUAACACUCUAAAAUCUGACAACUUACCCAAAAGCUGGGGUUCAAGCUUUGCUAUCAAUAGGCAAAACAGCUUUCCAGCACCUGGCCACCGAUCUCAAAGUAAGCACUGCAUUUGCAGCAGUCCAGAUAUUUUCCAACUACAUUCAGCAACAUCCAACUCUUAUUCUGCUCUCAAUGGGUAUCUGACCUAUUCCAGUGUCUCACCCCAUCAAAGCACCCGCCUUCCUCAGUGUAGGCACUCAGUACUUCCACAGUUAGCAGAAUGUAAUAACCGUCACAGCCUCCUGAGAAAUUUACCUGAAGAAGAUGAACAGAAAAGUUUAUUAAGACAUGAAAAGUAAAGGAAAUGUAAGCUGUACAUUGCAAGCAUAUGUGCAUGGCAAGACAAUACUCACUU